GCCCUCGACUUCUGCCUGUCGCCCCAAGAUGGCGGACACAAUGAGCCGGUGCCGCGCCGGUUGGCCCUGAGGCGACCGUGAGGAGGACCGGUCUGCGAGACCCCAUAGUCCCGGCAGAAGAGUGUUGCACAAGCAGGAGGAGGAAGCGGAGGAGGCGGCCCGACUGUCGGCCGCUCUCCAGCCCGCCGCCGGCGCGGCGCCCGCCCCGCCCGGGUCGGCCCCUCGGCAGCCCGCCCGUUCGCCGGGCUCCGCCCCGGCUCUGCGCCGCCGCCGCCGCCACCAGCAGCCGCCGCCAUGAAGCUGACCGACAGCGUGCUGCGGAGCUUCCGCGUCGCCAAGGUGUUCCGCGAGAACUCGGACAAGAUUAACUGCUUCGACUUCAGCCCCAACGGCGAGACGGUCAUCUCGAGCAGCGACGACGACUCCAUCGUGCUCUAUGACUGCCAGGAGGGCAAACCAAAGAGAACCCUGUACAGUAAGAAAUACGGCGUGGACCUCAUCAGAUACACUCAUGCAGCAAACACAGUCGUUUACAGCUCUAACAAAAUAGACGAUACUAUCCGUUACCUGUCCUUGCAUGACAACAAAUACAUCAGAUACUUUCCUGGACAUAGCAAAAGGGUGGUGGCCUUGUCCAUGUCACCUGUGGAUGACACUUUCAUUUCUGGGUCUCUUGAUAAGACCAUUCGGCUCUGGGAUCUCCGGUCUCCUAACUGCCAGGGUCUCAUGCAUUUACAGGGCAAGCCAGUUUGUUCUUUUGAUCCAGAAGGAUUAAUUUUUGCUGCAGGUGUCAAUUCUGAAAUGGUCAAACUUUAUGAUCUUCGCUCUUUUGAUAAGGGGCCAUUUGCGACAUUUAAGAUGCAGUAUGAUCGGACUUGUGAGUGGACAGGGCUUAAGUUCAGCAAUGAUGGCAAACUCAUCCUCAUCUCCACCAAUGGCAGCUUCAUCCGUCUGAUCGAUGCAUUCAAGGGAGUGGUGAUGCAUACGUUUGGGGGUUAUGCCAACAGCAAAGCCGUCACACUGGAGGCCUCGUUUACUCCAGACUCGCAGUUUAUUAUGAUUGGUUCAGAGGAUGGCAAGAUCCAUGUCUGGAAUGGAGAGAGUGGUAUAAAAGUAGCUGUGUUGGAUGGUAAACACACAGGCCCCAUUACCUGUUUGCAGUUCAACCCCAAGUUCAUGACCUUUGCCAGUGCUUGUUCCAACAUGGCCUUCUGGUUGCCCACCAUUGAUGACUGACCUGCAUAGUGCUUGGCUGUUUUCUGUACAGCGAGGGUGGCCAGUAGGAAAAAACUCAGAGGGAACUAAGAUAAUAGUGAGAUUGGAUCAUUUGACUGGGCUGGAGAGCAUCCUUCCACAUGGCCUUCCCAAGGAUGUGCUGUACAUUUGCUCAAAAGAAAAAAAUUACUUUGUCAAGCUUCUUCAAAAGGACUCUUGGUGCGGCAGAUUCAAUCAGGACUCAGAUUUUCCAGCUGUCACUGCACCGAGCUCCUCCAGAGGAGUGACCAGACUCGUGACUAGGGUAUAGUGGGGCCCUCAAGACACCUUCAGUUUUGAAUGUAUUUGCUGCUGAGGAGUCGGUGAAGUUGUUAAUUCUGCACAUCCCUUUGCCCACCCCCAUAAAUGCGUGGGAAGCCACAGUUCUGGUUUUGAGAUGCUGGGGCAGCUCAGUGCCCCUUGCCCUCACCCUGCAUGUCUUGUUACUGGUUCUCCCUGUGUCAUUGUGGCAUUAUCCACAACCAUCAUGUUACUUAGGUGCCAAAUAUUUACAGAAAUAAGUCUCCAUAUAUCUUAGGGUCAGAAAGGGACAGAUACAGAAGGACCUUGCUUGCCAGGAAGCCUUGCAAGUUAGUCAUGUGAGGGUGGAUGAUCUGGGUGUGCCUCAGGCUCUGGGUGAGGGAGGAGGGGUAGCAGAUGAGUUCCUAGGGCUGGGAGGUUUAGCAGCAGCUUGGUGUGGUGCCCUGUCAUCAAAACUAACACACAGUCCUUCUGGGUGCCUGCCAAGUUUGGUUGUACAGAAGCAAGGUGGGCGUCUAUUUUUGUACAUGAGAUACAUCACGCUUUUCUGUGGGCCAGUAUUGUGGAGUGAGUCUGAGUUGUUUACACUGAUGCCUUCCCUGCCCACUGCAAGUUGUGUACAUAGUCUCCAGAUGAUACCACCCCUUCCCCAGCUCCCAACCAGGAGCUGGCUCUAGGCUUGUGUUAUAUGUUAUAUGUUAUAUUCAGCCUUUUUAUAUAUGACUUGGAAUUUCUGUUGUUUGUAUUUUAGCACAAUGUGUGUACACCUUCAUUUAAAUAUAUCAUGUGUGUGCAUACAUAUAUACAUAUAUGUAUGUAUGCAUGUGUGUGUGUGUGUGUGUGUGUGUGUGUGUGUGUAUACACACACAUAUUUAAAAAGUAUCUGAAGGAGAUAGAGUCCUCUGCCCCAGGA